AUGUCUCUCUGGGCCAGAGCUCAGCAGCUUCCUCCGGAGAGCCUUCAGAAGGUCCGUACUAUCUAUGGGGAUCACUUCCCGAUUGAGGUACGGCAUUGUUUGGCACCAUGGAUCGAGAGCAGGAUUUGGACUGCGGAACCCGAAGACCAGCAACGCUUCUUUGUGGACGAGUUAGUGCAAGAAAUCCAAGCUCAUGCGGACCUGAUGCUGUCUCCGGACAUGUUUGUUACAAAGAUGAAGCUGCUGGACGCUGCCAAGAACUUCCAUAUGCAGUACAGCCACGCUCCGCACGAGCUGUAUGCGUACAUGCGCCGCUCGCUGGCGCUGGAGAUGGACGUCAUUCAGAAUGCUAUGGGUACUCCAUACGUAGCCCAGCCUCAGACGGAGAGAAAGUACAGCGAGCUCAUAACCGGUCUGCAAACAGUCCGCCAGAAGGUCAGCAUGGUCGGUGAGGAGAUCCGCAGUCUCCAAGCUAACAUUGAAUCCUUCUCGCUUCAGUACCACGAGUGCUUGAAGAACAAAGGACAUAUGAACUACCUUCAACAAUCGAUGACGAAUGAGCGCCGUGACCUAGUGGCCUGCCUGCGCGUCCAGAUUGAAGAGACGGAGAGAAAGCUCAACGCUCUUGUUGCACAAAUAAGCCAGUCUCAAAUGGAGCUGGUGGAUCAUAUGAAGGAGAAUAUCGCCAACCUUCGACAGCUGCAGAGCCAGGUGCUGGAUGAGGAACUUAUCAAAUGGAAACGCGAACAGCAACUAAGCGGUAACGGCGUUCCAAUGCAAUCCAACCUGAAUACCAUACAAGAGUGGUGUGAACUCCUGGCCGACCUGAUCUGGACGACCCGGCAACAAGUCAACAAUGUCGCCCGCAUCAACACCAAGACCAUCGUCGAGCUGCGGCAGCCGCAUCUAGCUGAGAUGCUGGAUGAAAUGAGCAAACAGGUGACAGGACUGUUGUCCACUCUGGUGACAUCGACGUUCGUGAUCGAGAAACAACCGCCGCAGGUUAUGAAGACCAACACCCGCUUCACGGCUACAGUACGUUUACUGGUCGGAGGUCAACUCAACGUGUACAUGACGCCGCCCCGAGUCAGCGUCGUAAUAAUAUCCGAACAACAAGCUCAAUUGCUUCUAAAGAGCGAGACCCAAGCCGGUAAAGGCAAGCAGCCGGUGGAGUGUGGUGAUAUAUUGAACAAUACCGGCUCUAUGGAGUACCAGCCAACCAGCAGGCAGCUUAGCGUCAGCUUCCGCAACAUGCAACUCCGUAAAAUCAAGCGUGCUGAGAAGAAAGGUACGGAAAGCGUGAUGGAUGAGAAGCUGACUUUGCUGUUCCAAUCUCAGUUCAACGUUGGUGGAGGAGAGCUGGUGUUCCAGGUCUGGACGCUAUCUUUGCCAGUGGUGGUGAUUGUCCACGGCAACCAGGAGCCGCACGGCUGGGCUACUGUCACAUGGGACAAUGCCUUCAGCCCACCAGGACGGGUGCCUUUCGCUGUACCGGAUAAGACCCCAGUGCAUUUAAUCCGGGUGACCUGGGGACAGCUUGCAGAGACUCUUCGCAUCAAAUUCUGCUCGGCGACCGGCGGGGACCUAUCAGAAGAUAACCUCAGGUUCCUCGCGGAGAAGAUUUUUAGGACCAGUCUCCCGCUGAACACGAUGGAGCUGAAUGCUAUGCCUGUAUCCUGGACGCAGUUCUGCAAGGAUGCUCUGCCGGAGAGGAACUUCACGUUCUGGGAGUGGUUCUACAUGGUUGUCAAGGUGACCAGGGAUUAUCUAAGGACGCUGUGGUGUGAUCAUCUGAUCAUGGGAUUCAUCCAAAAGAAGCAAGCCGAGGAGAUGUUGUCCAAGUGUCCAGCUGGCACGUUCUUACUUCGCUUCUCGGACUCCGAGCUAGGUGGCAUCACCAUCGCAUGGGUUGGCGAGGGCAACGAAGUGUUCAGCCUCCAGCCGUUCACGUCCCGCGACCUGAUGCUCCGCUCCCUGGCCGACCGCGUCCUCGACCUCACUCAGCUGCAGUUCCUGUACCCCAACAUUGCUAAGGACGACGUCUUCUCCAAAUAUUAUACUAAACCCGAAAACGAGAUGCUAAAGAACGGGUAUGUGAAACCUGUGUUGGUGACGACGUUGCCCCCGUACAUGUCGUCGUCGCCGGCGUACGCUCACUCACCCGACUCGCAUCGCAACACGCCCAGCGUACAGAGCAGCUACUUCAGUGCGGCUACACCGGCCCAAACUGAUAGUUUCAUGGACAGCGAACUGUUCGAGCAGAUUCGAGCCUUUGAACCUGACGGAAUGGAUGAAUUUGACAUCUAUAGUAACAUGAGCAUGAAGUAA